ACCGGAAGAGUACAGUGACGUAAGAGAGCAACAUGGCGGCCCGGGCAAGGCUGCCCUUGCUGCUCCCUAAACAUGUCCCUGCGUUCAGAACCCAGAGGUUCGUCCAGGCCGAUGCGGCGGUCAAACAGCCCAACUACCCCCCCGUGGUGGCCUCGCUCACGGCCAAGAGCAGGGCGGCCCGCCAGCGGCGCAUGGAGGAGCGGAUCUCGGUGGUGCGCUCCGCCGCGGGGCCGGACAAGCUGGCCAUGGUGACCAGCCUGCAGCGGAGCAAGUUCGUGCUGUACCCGCAGACCGCGGCCCGCCGGGCCGACCAAUGGUACCAGCACUUCACCAAGACCGCCUACACGCCGGGCCUGCCGGACCGGGUCACGGUGGAGACGGGGGUGGAGGAGGAGCAGCUGGCCGAGCUGCGGGCCCUGGUGACCCGGGUCAUCCUGCACCAGCACUGGUACCUGAAGCAGAAACGCAGCCCCUUCAUGUUCCGGCACCAGGAGCAGCUGGUGGGGCCGUUCCUGCAGAACCUGGUGAAGGAGCUGACACACAGCCUGGCCCAGCAGAACCCGCUGCUGCGGAGCUGCAGUCUGGACGUCAGUCCGCAGGUGAACUUUUACUGGAGGAGAGGACAGCGAAUCAUCCCGAAGGGGCACCGCCGAGGCCGGGAGGAGCCGCACCGGUUCCAGAUCGACGACCAGCCACACAGCCAGAUUAGAAUAACUCAGCAGCUGCCUCAGUUUGCCCCGCUGGAGUCCUCGUACGCAGCUGAGGUCCCGGAGGUCCGGUACGCCCCCAACAUGAUGCCUCUCUUCAGGAGACAGUACAAGAACAACAUCUUCACAGGUGCAAAGAUGCCCGACCCGGCGUGCUACGGUCACACUCAGUUCCACCUGGUGCCGGACCGAUACCACCGAGACCGCUUUGCCCGGCUGCAGCAGUCGGAGCAGGUGGAGGUUUUCCUCCGAGCCAACGCUCUCGCCAGCCUCUUCGCCUGGACCGGAGCUCAGGCCAUGUACCAGGGUUUCUGGAACCACGAGGACGUGUCGAGGCCGUUCACGUCGCAGGCUGUGAUCACCGACGGACACUUCUUCUCCUUCUUCUGCUACCAGCUCAACACCGUGGCGCUCUCCGUGGAAACGGACGCUAACAUCCCCCGGAAAAACCUCCUGUGGGGCACGGAGAGCCAGCGGCUGUACGACAGCGUGCAGGACGGGGAGGUCGUGGGGCUGAACGACGACGUGCUCAAGCUCCUGGUCCAGUUCCUGCUCAAUCAGCCUUAAAGAUGACAGAAAACGUUAGGUUGGAGUUUAAGUACUUAAGGAAUCAAGAGAAAGAUGCGAGAAGUUUCUCAACUAAUGGUUUAAGCUCCAAAAUACAGAAGAAAUGCUCGACGUCCUUGUUGGUUUGUUUGUUUUUUCUGACCGAUACGAUUGCUGGGAAUCUUUGUCCACUUAUAAAAUAAAUAUUUAUGGCCUGUAAA